AUGGCAAGCACAGGAUUAAAAGCAUUAAAAAUUGGACUCAUACCAGGAGAUGGAAUAGGUCGAUUAGUCAUCCCAGCAGCCCAACGAAUCCUUCAGUCUACAGUUGGAAUCCCCAAACCUACGUUCAUAAACUUAGAAGCCGGUUUUGAAUUAUUUACGAAGACGGGUGUUUCCUUACCAAAAGAAACGGUUCAAAGUUUAAGAGAAGAUUGUACAGCUGCUCUCUUCGGUGCGGUUUCUUCACCGUCUCAUAAGGUUGAAGGAUAUAGUUCUCCGAUCGUUAAACUUCGUAAAGAAUUAGACCUUUAUGCGAAUAUUAGACCGAUUCAUUCUAAUUCGAAAUCACUGGAGAUUACUGUCGUUAGAGAAAAUACUGAAUGUCUUUAUAUUAAACAAGAAACUUUGAAUGAUCAACCUGAUGGAUUAGGUGGUGGGAAAGUCGCUUUGGCUGUUCGUCAGAUCACUCAACGUGCUAGUGAACGGAUCGGUAGAAUGGCUGGACAGGUCGCUCUUAGAGGUGAAGAAGUUAGAAGUCAAUUAUCGGAAUCGGAACGGAUCUGGAAGGGACCAUCCAAAGUGACUAUUGUUCAUAAAUCUAACGUCUUAUCAGUUUCAGACGGACUUUUUAGAGAAUCAGUUAGAUCCAUCUUUGAUGAAAAACGGAAUCCUCAAUUUAAAUCUAUCAUAGUAGAUGAAGGAAUUGUGGAUAGUUUGAUUUAUAAUCUGAUUCGAACACCUCAAAGGUUUAAUGUCUUGGUUUGUCCUAACUUAUAUGGUGAUAUCGUAUCUGAUGCUGGAGCUGCGUUAGUUGGUUCGUUAGGAUUAGUGCCAUCCGUGAACGCUGGUGACAAUUUCAUCAUGGGUGAACCUGUACAUGGUUCAGCACCCGAUAUCGUGAACCAUUCACCAUCGAUCGCAAAUCCAAUGGCAGCCAUCAGAUCAGCUGCCAUGAUGUUAGAAUACUUGGGUUAUACUAAACCUGCCUCAGUGAUCUAUUCGGCUGUGAAUGCUGUCCUUGAUGAGGGUAAGAUCCUCACACCUGAUCUUGGUGGGAAAUCUUCAACAGAUGAAGUCACAGAUGCGAUCUUGAAGAAAAUGUUGUAA